AGGAAGAGAGAGGAGAAGACAAGAUGAGUAACCCCAUCCCGUCCAACCUGAAGUCCGAGGCCAAGAAAGCUGCCAAGAUCCUGACGGACUUCACAGAAAUCUCCAGCAGGAACGGACCCGACAAGCUCAUCCCCCCUCAUGUGAUCGCGAAGGCCGAGGGUCUGGCCAUCAUCUCCGUCAUCAAGGCCGGCUUCAUGAUCACCGCCAGAGGAGGAAGUGGCAUCGUCAUCGCCAGACUGGCCGACAGACGUUGGUCGGCGCCUUCGGCCAUCGGCAUCGCCGGACUGGGAGGCGGCUUCGAGAUCGGAGUGGAGGUGUCGGACCUGGUCAUCAUCCUGAACCAGCGCCGGGCCAUUGAGGCGUUCACAAAGGGCGGGAACCUGACGCUGGGCGGGAACUGCACCGUUGCCGUGGGACCGAUGGGCAGGAACGUGGAGGCAGAUGUUCUGCUGAGGAGCACUGCAGCUGUGUUCACCUACUGCCGCUCCAGAGGUCUGUUCGCUGGGAUCUCGUUGGAGGGAUCGUACCUGAUCGAACGCAAAGAGACCAACCGCAAGUUUUACGGCCAGGAUAUCCGUGCGUCGGCCAUUUUGAACGGCGAUGUGGAGCCUCCCCCGGUUUGCUCCUCCCUCUAUCACAUCCUGGACGCCUACGCCGACGCCUACACCACCGAGUGGACCAGCAAGAACAUGCGCUCCACGUCGUCUGUCACUCCAUCCAGACCUCAAGCUCCGCCUAAACAGAAACCUCCAGCAAACUACCAGCCACCAGCAAACUACCAACCACCAGCAAACUACCAACAACCAGCAGCGAACAACUACCAGCCAGCGCCUGGCUACCAGCCGCCAGCCGCGGCCGGCUCAGGUCCACGGUCAGGAACAGGAAAUAAGAAUGCCCUCUACCCGAGCGUCUCCGUCUAUAAGUCGAACACCUCAGGGGGCGCACCACCUGCGGGUGCACCCAGCGGACAGCUGGUUGUCACGGCGACCCACACGUAUGCUGGGCAGCAGCCCGGCGACCUGAGCUUCGUCCCCGGCGACCGGAUCACCGUCAUCACCAAGACAGAGAACCAGUACGACUGGUGGGAGGGGCAACUGGAUGGGCGUGUCGGCAUCUUCCCUGCGAACUUCGUCACGUACUGAUCCGCCCCUGGUGGUGUGUGGAGGUACUGCAGCUAAUACCACACUCUACAGGAAGAAGGAGGGGUCAAGGGACAGGUUUUGAGUUUUGCUUCGUUUUAGAGCUUUAACAAUUAUUACAAGAACAUAUGCAACUUUUUUAAGAAUCAGUUGUCGAAUUGUUGUAAACAGAAUAUUUUGGUGUUUUUCACACAAACGAGUCGGGAUUAGUUCAGGAACUAAUCAGAAUAACCACGAGUCGCUGCAGCACUUUAGUUUACAGGUUAGUGAUUUACAAAGAAUUCCAUAGAAAUGUUUCUGAAUGUAAACAUGUACAUUUAUUAUCAAUGAGUCAUUAUUUUUUUUACAUAUAUUCAUGAGCUGUGUGAACACCUGAAGACAAACUCCUGCUGCUUCCUCUUCCACUAAAUGUUGCUCAAUGUUCUAUACACUUUGAAUUAACACAUUAAAAACAGUUCUCAUAAGAAAGUGAUGUUUCAGAAGAAUAAAGUGAGAUCACAUGUUCCUCGUCAAACAGAUUUUAAAAAAUGAACAGAGCAGUUCAAUUAAACAUCAGCUGAAUCAAAUCAUUGCAUUUCCAAAGAUUUGAUCCAAAGAUCUUUCACUCGUUGCCUUUAUCUGAGGAUUCUGCAGCAGAACCCACUUCCUGUCCUGUCCCUUCAAAAUACAAGCAAGAAAAACAACCAAAAACCUCUUUUACAUUUGGUACCAAAAUAAAAGCACUUUUCAAACUAAAAUAAGAUGGAUUUGAUUUAGAAAGUCGUUUUAUUUGUUUUUUCAUUUUGUUAUCUAUAAAAGUAUUAAAAUCUUCUGUGGUCUGUUACUGUCUCCACCUUUAAAAUGUCUCCAAAGCACAAAACGGGACGUGGGGGGUGUAGGUUCUUUAUCUCCUGUGGUUGUGGUCAAUAUAUAAUUCAGCAGGAUUAUCACUUUAUCUAGAUUAACAUAAUAAUGAAGUUUGUGGGAUUGUUUUUACAUAUCAGAGGCUGUUUGAAGAUUAUAAAUAAAUCUAAUUUGGAAAAAUGUAAUUUGCAUUAAUUCAUAUUUCUGUCCAGUUCAAACUUAUAAAAAUGUGUAAAAUAAUUUGCAAAUAAAAUAUCUU